GUCCGGUGCGCGCCUCGGGCGAAGCGGAGGACGCGUGGAGCGGUGCGAAGACUUUCGGGCUGUGCAGUUAAUCUGUGAUAUGUGUUUUAGAGUUGAUGCUGCACUUUUGUUUGAAUGAAAAAAUGUCCUUCAGUCUCAAAGAAAGGGAAGAAAAUAAUUCAACAUUUGUGGAAGUACAACAGUCACAAACUACUUCUAUAGAUUCAGAAGAUCCUCUUCAAAACUUAUGCUUAGCAUCCCAAGAAGUUCUUCAAAAAGCUCAGCAAAGUGGGAGAUCAAAAUGUCUCCAUUGCGGUGGUUCAAGAAUGUUCUACUGCUAUACAUGUUACGUCCCGGUUGAAAAUGUACCAGUUGAACAGAUGCCAAUUGUGAAGCUGCCAUUGAAGAUCGACAUCAUUAAACAUCCAAAUGAAACAGAUGGUAAAAGUACUGCUAUACAUGCCAAGCUCUUAGCACCUGAAUUUGUAAAUAUUUACACAUACCCUUGUAUUCCAGAAUAUGAAGAAAAGGACCAUGAAGUUGCACUUGUUUUUCCUGGGCCUAGGUCUGUCUCAAUAAAAGAUAUUUCUUUUCAUCUGCAAAAAAGGAUUGAAAAUAACAUUAAAGACAAAAGUAACCCUGACACACCAUCUAUUAAGCGCAAGAAAACUGAGGAAACAGAUUUGAAUGACAGCAAGUGCAAAGCCACAACACUGAAAAAAAUAAUAUUUAUAGAUAGUACUUGGAACCAAACAAACAAAAUACUCACUGAUGAGAGACUUCAAGGGUUGUUACAAGUUGAAUUGAAAACAAGAAAAACUUGCUUUUGGCGUCAUCAAAAAGGAAAACCAGAUACCUUCCUUUCCACAAUUGAAGCUAUUUACUACUUUUUGGUUGACUACCAUACCGAUAUAUUAAAAGAAAAGUACAGAGGACAAUAUGACAAUCUUUUAUUUUUCUAUUCAUUUAUGUACCAGUUGAUAAAGAAUGCCAAAUGCUCUGGAGACAAGGAAGCAAGAAAACUUACCCAUUAGCUUGAAAGAAACCAUUAAUGUCAUUUUAUUUUUGCUAAAACCAAUAAAUGUAUUGUGCUUUGUUUAUUCUUAAGCAAUAUUACUUGCUU